AUGUAUAAGAAUGAGGAUGACCAGCCGCUCGCAAGGGCACACAUCCGGCACCACUCCGAGAUACCUGACUCAGAGGAUGACGCAAGCUACAGCGUAGAUGAGGACAACCGUUCGCUCGUACGGGUACCUAUCCGGCACCGCUCCAAGCUCACCAAGCCCGCCAAAGAUGAGGACGGCCUACCACCGACGUUAAGAACCCCUAUCCGCCAACGUCUGAGGAACUCCGCAAGUCGAAAACGGGUGGCAUCAAACCCAGCACCGUUCCCUUACUCGAAGAGGCAAAGGGUAGAUAGAUCGGACUACAACGACGUGGGAUUGAACAUAUACGACGCUGAUGAAGAUGAUGCUUCUGAGUGUGAUGUUCUCGAAGACGAAGACCCUGCAGAUUCCGAAUACCUUCUCCAGGACGAAGACCCCGCAGACUCCGAGUACGGCGCUAAGACCGAGCACGACGAUGAAUCCGACGUUGCUUUGGACAUCGAGCACUUGGACCACGAUCCGCUCGUUGAAGAUAUCUUCAAGCAGCUGGGCGACUAUGAAGAUAGCGAAUACGAGGACGAUACGCCCGUGCACGAGGAAGAGGGCAAUGAUGUGCUCGGCCCAGACACGUUCAAUCUCGACAAUGUGAGCCUUGACCAGCUACAAGGAUUCGCAGACAUCGAAACGGUCGAUGUGUCAUCGGAAGACGGCUAA